AUGCACAAACAACACACUGCACUCCGUUAUUUCAUGUGCGGGAAAAACAGUCAAUUAGGUGUCUGUUCAUCUCCUUCUAUUUUUUCUGAGAUUUGUUUUCGAGAAGAAAUCGCGGAUUUAAAAUGUGGUAAAAAUCACAUGAUGAUAAAAACACCAUUGGGAAAAUUAUAUGCCAUUGGAAGAAACAAUGAGGGUGCUUGUUCUUGCAAGGCAUCGUCAUGUUUAAACAUUAUUCAAAAGUGGAGACCAUGCCAAUUUAACAUUGCAUCAUUAAUUAAUGAAAAUAAUAAUAAUGGAAUGAACCUAUUCAAACAAUCCAAUAGUACUUACGAAAUAACAAAUAAGAAGGAAAGACGAAAAGAACGACGAAAAAUCGAAAGAAUGGAAGGCAAAAUAGAAAAGAAAAAAUCAAACAAAAAAACCGAAAAAUCAUCGCAAGAACCUGAGCCGGUCAUAGUAACAACAUUUUGUGUGGAUGAUUUUUCAUGUGGAAACUCUCAUUCUUUACUGCUAUUCAAUAAUAGGUCUGUGGUAAUGGCUUCUGGUAUUAUUGAGUCUUCUCUCCUUAAAAAAUCUCAAUCUAACAUAUUUACACCAAUCAAGGGAUUAGCGCUUAAAGCAGGACAACAGAAAUUCACAUUCAUUGCUUCGUAUGAAAAUUCUUUCCUUAUCACUGUUGACAACAGAUUUAUAAUGUUUCACACACCAACUAAUUCUUUUGAAUUUGACGCUCUCAAACAGUUUGGAUGUGCAGAGAUCAAUGAAAUUGCACUUAAUGAUCCCAAUUCGUUUGCAUUCACUUCUAACACAGGUCGAAUUUAUGUAUUUGAUGGCUCAUCCUGCAGCUGGCAAGCAGGAUGGAACAAUGCAAAAGCAAAUUGGAUUUUCUUUGAUGUUUUUUCUGCAAAUUGUUUUAAGGCCAAAUCACUUGCUUCAGGAAAAGUUAUUAAUUACUAUACAUCUUGGUUCCAAAGUAAUCUGUCACAUUUGACACAAGCUCGUUAG